UCAAGGCAUGCUCAGAUGAGCCUGACAGAUGCGCAAACCAAGGCCUUAAUGAUGGCUUCAAGUUGAACUUAAACAACUUCCUCAGCUUAACCCAGAGUAUGAACCGUGGGUGUUAGUGAUGCAAAGCAACUAUUAUUUGGUUUGCCCCACGAUUCAGUGACAGACAGCAGAAAUGACAACAAAGGAUUCUCUGAAUAUUUUGCCCGGUUUCAUUAAAGACAGAGAUACCACACCAGAAUGUCAUAUACCUCCUGGUUGGAUGAGGGAGUACCCUGAUAAUGGUUCGUGCAGAAAAAAUCUGGGCCUCACAUGACGGGCUGAACUGCGGUUGGAUGUACCCGAUCGUUAAAGCAUCUUGAUAAGCCUAUCUGUCCUCAGGGUUUUCUCCUCACAUUUGGGCUCCCUUCAAUUUAACUACACAAAUGGGUCAAUCUAUGGACCCAUUCAUCAAUCAUCAGGUUGAGUAUGAAAGCUGGGUGGACGUGGAGGAGGAGGAGGAGGAACAAGAGGCACGAGAUGGAGAAGAUGAAGCUUUUGGAGAAGCCACACCCGCACCCGCUGUGCUUCAUUGAAGAAAGAACAGACAGCCGAGAAGACAUGUUCUGCUGUGUCUGCAAAAAAGAACUGUUUCCACCAGCUUUCAUCUGCUCCCUCUGCAAAUUCUACAUUCAUCAAUCCUGCAUCCACCUCCCUCCUCAAAUCCUCUCCCGAUUCCAUCCCCACCAUCCUCUUUCCCUCACUGAAACCAAUUCCGACCAUUGCCAUUGCUGCUGGCAGAUGCCCCGCGAUUGCUUCUACAUCUGCACCCAUUGCCAAUUCAUAGUUGACAUCAAAUGCAUUCUCGCUGAUACAAAACGUCCUGGCUUGAACUUGUUAGGCAAACAUUUCAGCCAUUCACAUCCCUUGAUCCUCCACAGCGAGAUCACUACCAGCAAGCUGGUUGCUUGCCAUAUUUGUGGACUGCUGCUUGUUCCUGGCCCAACUUACUUUUGCUCAAAAUGUAGUAUCCGCUUUCACAAAGCCUGCGCCGAGCUGCCGCAAGAGAUAUUGAAACCCGACCGCCACCAUCACCCACUCUUCCUUUAUCCCCAUGCCCCGCUUCAACCUUUCUGCAAUACCUGCAAAAAUCAAUGCUCGCGGUUCGUUUACAGCUGUGUUGAGUGUGAUUUCAAUCUCCAUGUAAUGUGUCUAGCAUCUUCACAUCACAAGCACGACUUCAUCAGAUUUCGGACUAUAAUUAACUUCAGAUGCCUGCUAUGUGGUUGGCUGGGACAUGGUUUUCCAUGGUUUUGUAGCAUCUGCCAUCUUUUGGCUCAUGAGAAUUGCGCUGAAUUGCCCCCAUCUCUCUUGGUUGUUGGACACGACUGUCCUCUCACUUUCACAUACUCUCACCCUUUUGAGGAUCACAGUAAGUUAGCUUGUGAAAUCUGCAGAAAGAAGGUUGAACCACAGUUCGCAGCAUACAGCUGCUCCGAAUGCAGCUAUGUCGUUCAUUUGGAUUGUGCUGGGAAAAAGUACAUGCGGGGACAGACUAAAAGGGACAGUCUAAAAAUCAAUCCUUUAGGGGAUGAAGCGCCAGCAUCGAAUAAUUCUUCAAAGAAAACGUUUGAAGAAGUGGGUUCGGUUGAGAUUCUGCAUUCAAAUUGUGAACAGGACUUAAUCCUCUGCAAAGAAGAGGGUGACAUUGAUAAACAAUGCCGCAGAUGUAUGCGACGCUUCUCGGUCGCUAAACCAUCAUACUCUUACAGUUGUGUUAAGUGUGGUUUCUUUCUUCACAAAGACUGCGCUGAUUUGCCAGUUACAAAGAGGCACCCGCUCCAUAAACAUCCUUUAACUCUCAUCACUACCCAAGAUGUGGCAUUCCAGUGCCAUGCUUGCCUGCAGUUCUGCCAUGGUCAUGCCUACCACUGUGAAGAAUGUCUGUACACGCUCGACAUUCGCUGUGUUCUGAUCGAAACCAGGAAACUCAAGCAUCCGAGCCACCAGCAUUUGCUGUCUCUUGCACAAAACCACGAGGAUAAAAUAUGUAGUGGCUGUGGCGAGAGCAAUCAGGCGGUGUUCGAAUGUGACGAUGGCUGCAACAACUUCUCCUUGGACUACAGAUGCGCAACUCUUCCACAGAAAGCAAGAUGCCGAUUCGAUGGUGGUUUGAUGGAUCUGAGUUUCUCCGUGGAAGAUAAAACAGGGGAAUAUUACUGUGAUGUAUGCGAAGAAGAGAGGAACCCAAAGGUGUGUUUUUAUUACUGCAAGACGUGCCGUUUGGCUGCCCACCCUGAAUGCAUCCUUGGGGAGUAUCCAUGGCUCAAGUAUGGAUCAUAUGAAACUCACAAGCAUUUGUUGAGUCUUGUGGCAGAGGGGCGGAGGGAUUACUCUGAUUGUGAGCACUGUGGGAAACCUUGUGCCGGUAACUUGGCCUAUGAAUGUCGCCGCUGCAAGUUCAACGUCCACGCUAUUGGGCGCUGUUACCACGACCAGAUAAUCAAACGAAAACUAAGUUUCAAGCUCAAGUGAUCAAUUUUAUCUCUGUGUCAGC